CUUUCUUCAUCAUCAUCCUCCACAACUCCAUAAGAGCUUCCCGACAUAUCCUCUAACUCCAUCACUCAACACCAUCUCCCCAAUGGAACCCAACACGACCCCGAACGGAUCCCAAGUCGAGCUCUCGGAGUUCGAGAAGACCCAAAAGAAGUACCAAGAUUUCAUCUCUGCCCUCCCAAAGAGCAAAGGAUGGAGACCAAACGAGACCCUAACCCAAUACGGUGGACACUGGUGGCAAGAAUGUCUCCUAGAAGGCCUUCUUCACGCCAAAGACCAUUUCCAAGCACGACCCACCGACUUCCUCGUCUGCAGCUACCCGAAAACCGGCACGACCUGGCUCAAAGCCUUGACUUACGCCAUCGUAAACCGUUCCCGCUUCGACGACGCCGCGAACCCGCUCCUCAAACGCAACCCUCACGAGUUCGUGCCUUACGUGGAGAUCGACUUCGCUUUCUACCCGACCGUGGACGUCCUUCAAGACGGGAAGAACCAGCUUUACUCCACCCAUAUACCCAACGGAUCACUACCAGAGUCCAUCGUGAAGUCAGGUUGCAAGAUGGUUUACAUAUGGAGAGACCCCAAGGACACUUUCAUCUCCAUGUGGACUUUCCUCCACAAGGAGAAGUCUCAAGAGGGUCAGCUAGCGAGUCUCGAAGAGGCUUUCGAUAUGUUCUGUGAAGGUCUGUCUGUGUACGGUCCUUAUCUGGACCAUGUGUUGGGUUACUGGAAGGCUUACAAAGAGAACCCGGAGAGGAUUCUGUUCCUUAGGUACGAGGCGAUGAGAGCUGAUCCUUUGCCGUUUGUGAAGAGGUUGGCUGAGUUCAUGGGGUAUGGAUUCAGUGCCGAGGAAGAGGAGAAAGGGGUCGCUGAGAAUGUUGUGAAGCUUUGCAGCUUCGAGACGUUGAAGAAUCUUGAAGCUAACAAAGGAGAUAAGGAGAGGGAGGAUCGCCCUGCGGUUUAUGCGAACAGUGCUUAUUUUAGGAAAGGAAAGGUGGGAGAUUGGGCUAAUUAUCUGACUCCGGAGAUGGCUGCUCGUAUCGAUGGGUUAGUGGAAGAGAAGUUCAAAGACACUGGCUUGCUUCAACAUGAUCAGUGAAGUGUGUUUGUCUUUGAUCUCUUCUUGAUCUUUUUUUGUUAUUCAGUACAAAACAGAGGAUGCUCUGUUUUUCCAUUUGGUUCUGUAUUGUAUGUGUGUAAUCUGUUAUCUGUGUCAUCGUAUUUAUAACAAGAGAAAGAUCUUUGAUU